AACCAGAGCACCAUUUAUCAAGUAUCAGUACCUCAAUCAAUGUGUGGAUUUUCCCCUCUUUUAAACUAUAUCUGUCUCCAGGAGAAAGCUAUUAUUUACCAAAUAUAUCUCAGAUUGUGUUUCAAUCUGUCCCCCAUUACAGAUAAGGUUGACGUUGUCACUGUAUGGUUUUUCAGGCAGAAACAGCUGUUGGAGUUUUCACUCCGAUCAGGUAUCCGGCAGAUGAAACGUAGAUGGAUAUCAGUCCUCUUCAUGGAUUAGGUCAGACCAAAUGAAUCACAUUUUAGAUUCCCAUUGAGCUCAAGUUCAUCUCUCCGUUUCAAUCAGGGAGUCUUAAUGGUUAAUGGAAAUCAGCUCACGGAGAGAAGAAAAAGCCAGAGAUAAACUCCUUUUUUUCUGGCAGCUUAUCAGCUGAAGCAUAUGGCCUGUGUGAUAGGUCUGAUCCCAGGUGGAAGUGUAACACUUUUCACCAAAACACGCCGCAGACUGCUGCUGGGUUCAGUCUGACUUCUCCUCCUGGGUCACAUCUGUAAACUCAUUCGGUCCUGGAAAUAUAACUACCUGACAGUUAAUGUAGGAAGACUUCAUUUAAUAUCUCACCAUAAAGCAACACACGAGCUACUAUUUCCCUCGCAGUGAUUGACGGGAGGAGAAACGCAUUCCUCUGACCUCCUUGUGCGUGUGUGUUUUUUUUCUGCAGACAGGUGUGCUGUCCCUGGACAGAUUGUGCUAUUGUCUUUGUAAAUCGACACCUGUUCUCUGACAGCUCAGACAACACAAAACAUACUUUUAAGCGGUGCACGGCCGACAAGAACCAGACCGCUUCGCUGGGGGACCUGAAACGUGACGCCCUCUCCGAGGAUGCCUGCAAUAUGUCAUGCUGUGUCAAGGCAGCGAGACUGGCUCGGACUCAUGCAGGAAGGCUUUAUAAGUGGAGGUCCCCGUGCAGAUAUUGUGUUACAGGGGCCAGGGUUUAACCACUGAAGGAUCUUCAUCCCCUUGAGACGGGGUUUCACUGACUUCAUCUCUGCAGAAACCUGUGCCAGAGCUCGAUUUAAUUCAUCUAAAACUGUUAAGAGGAGGUUCAGUAAAAAGUGAUAAUGUCAAUCAUGAUGUGGGCUGUUUAUAGAAGACGUCUUAAUCAGUAGAAGAAGUUCUUCAUUGAAACAAAAUGCCAGCACAAUUUCAAACUGUCUUUCUUUGUUUAUAUGUGGCGGACCCUGCCACCUUUCCAUCUACAGUGUUUCUGGGGACCAUAUCUCCCUCUGAGAACAACUUGUUUAUUCAGUUAUGGGAAAAAAAUAAAAAAAAUUCUGAGUUUGUAUUAUUACCUCAUUAAUAAUUUUGAGGUGAAAUUUCUUCUCCGAAACCACACUUUAAAAUGAGUCGUUCACAUUUCUAUUCGACGGGUGUGUUGCCAAGUAAAAAUGACAUUUUUAAAUUAUGUGAGUGAAUGAGCGACCUCUGCUGGUGAAGAGUUAUAGCACAGGAGUUCACAGCCGCACUGAAGGAAGUAAAAACCGCACAAAACUUAAUGAAAACGCGCUAAAAACAAAGAGCAGCUUGUAAAGUCAGAUGCGCAGCUGUCGUUUAGCUCAAGUCUAACACAUGAUUUGCUGGAUGCGGGCGCCAGGAGGAACAGUGAGCCUGAGCGGACAGGGCAAGAAGUGAGUCAGCAGGGUGAAGUUUGAGAGCUCAGACACACUUCACUCCACAUCUCAUCUCGUGUCGCAGGAGAAGUGGCGCAGCACGCUCGGCUCGGCGUCAAACUUUUGGAGCGCAGACUUGUCAAACAACUCCAACUCGCUGUCCCGAGAGGAAGGGAGGGGGGGGCUGAACUUAUUAUGUGCGCUGGAUGCGGAAAGAGGAGCGCAUUUGCCAUAUGUUAAACUCCGGGAUGGAGUCUGAAACACAGCCAGGGACCAGUCCUCACGUCGGGGGUGUCUGUCAGAGAGGAUGCGGGCUGCCGCUGUCCGCCCGGGACUCGGGUGAGGGGCAGCACUGCUGCGUGGACGCGCUCCGCUCGGUCACCGACGCCCUGGAGGGAAGGAGCGCGGCUUUGGAGCACCAAGCCCGGAUGGCGAGGCUCAGGUGGAACCGCAGGGAGCAGUCCCUGUUGGCCCAGGUGACGGCUCUGCAGAACGAGGCCCAGCUCUCUGCUCUCAGGUACCAGCGAAGGCUGCACCAGUACAUGCUGCACAUCAACAGCAUCGCAGAGCAGGUGAUUGGGUACUACAAGAGUGACUUGAGAGCACCAGCUGACCUGCAGAGCCAGAGCUCAGAUCCAGCAGCGUGUGCAGAUGGAGAGCCUGAGGAGCAGCUCAGCCCACCUGAGGUGAAUGGGAAAGAGUUGUCCAAGUCCAGCCAUGAGGAGACUGUGGAGGCCUUUCGCGCUGCCAAGGACCCCGUCGUGGUGCAGGUCAUCCGGCGGACCCCCAGCGGCCGCCCCCAUGGCCCCCCUCAGGAAAUCCAUGUGGUGGACGUGUGCACUCAGACUGACAUCACCUUUGAACACAUCAUGGCGCUGGCAAAGCUCCGGCCUUCGACCCCUCCUGUGCCUGACGUCUGUCCCUUCCUGCUCUCCGACAGCUGUCACUCUCUUCACACAAUGGACCAGGAUUACUACGAAGGGAUGGACUACCUCUCCCCUGCUCCGGCUGAUGGAGAGAGGGCAGAGGAGUUUGAGUAUGAGGAGGUGGAGUUGUUUCGACUCAACAGCCAGGAGAAGUUGGGGCUGACUCUGUGCUACAGAACAGAUGAAGAGGAGGACGUGGCCAUCUAUGUCAGUGAGAUCAGUCCAAACAGCAUCGCUGCCCUAGAUGGACGCAUCCGAGAGGGGGAUCGCAUUUUACAGAUUAAUGGCCAGGAUGUACAAGACCGAGAGGAAGCGAUGGCGGCGCUCUCAAAUGACGAGUGCAGGAACAUCGUGCUGCUGGUUGCCAGACCUGAGAUGCAGCUGGAGGAGGCCUGGCUGGAUGAUGAGCAUAGUGAGUUCCUGGAGCAGCUGAAGAUGGAAAUGCUGGAGGAGCAGCAGAGGGAGGAGAUGGAAUUGGCUGCCUUACAGGAGGAGCAGGAGUAUGAACAGAGAGAAGAAGAUGACAAGCCCACCUGCUCCACACUCCCUCAUCAUAAAGAUAAUGUGCUCAGUAUAAGAGAAAGAAUGGAGAGCUCCGAGCAUAAUGUCCUGGCACACAUCCAGAGACGUCUGUCCCAGUGCCUGAGAGACAAUCGGGACACACACCGUAGCACCGGCUCUACACGGCUGGAGGACAAAGAUGAUGAGGACGAUGAUGAGAUGGAAGGUGAUCGUUUCCAGCAGCUCUUGGAGCUGAAGUGUCAGAUACGUAACAGCGGGGAGUACGACCUGUUCUACAGUCGCCGCAGCACCAUCGAGUGCAGCAUGGGGGAGCAGGGCGGUAUGCAGCAUGAGCUACGUAUGCUCAACGAGGAGCUGCGCAGUAUCGAGCUCGAAUGUCAGAACAUCAUGCAGGCCCAUAACCUUCGUAAGGGCCAGCAGUCCCCCUCCACAGGCCACUCUGCGCCCUCAACCAAAGACCAAAGCCUCCAUCGGAGUGAGCCCACAAAGGGUAAGCUGGCUGACAUGAAUGAGAGGCUGGAGAAGUCGGACAAGGACAGCUCCAGUGCCUAUAACACGGCUGAGAGUUCACGGAGCACCCCUCUGCAAAUGGACCGCUCCCCGGAGCACUCACUUCAGAGAAUGGUUAGUCUCACCAACCAGAGAAACCUUUGUAGCAGCCUUGCCAGUGGAUCUUCUCUUAGCCCCAGUCCGAUCCCAACAUGUCGUGCUCUAGUGCCAGGUAAAAGCAGUAGCCCUGAGAUGAAGCAGACACCUCAAGCUGAGGACGAGAGCGACAUGAAAUUAAAAUCGUGUGCUUCCCAAAAUCCUUACUUCUCUCCGUCCCACAGUUCCCAGCAUAGGCAGGUCAACAUCCCCGCUCAUGCCCGCCACUACCAGAGCUACAUGCAGCUGAUCCAGCAGCGCUCAGCUGUGGAGUAUGCUCAGAGCCAGCUUAGCCUCCUCAGUGUCUGCAAAGAGCCUCAGAGGCCCAUUAAUGAGCCCAAGAUGGAGUGGAAGGUCAAGAUCCGCAGCGACGGCACACGCUACAUCACAAAAAGGCCUGUGAGAGACAAGAUCCUGAGGGAGCGAGCCCUAAAGAUUAAAGAAGAGCGUAGUGGGGGAAUGACUACGGAUGAUGAUGCAAUGAGUGAAAUGAAGAUGGGGAGGUACUGGAGUAAAGAGGAGAGAAAGCAGCACCUGGUCAGAGCGAAGGAACAGAGAAAAAGACGAGAAUUCAUGCAGCGUAGUCGACUGGAAAGCUUGAAAGAGAACCCUCAGAGCAGCAGCGAGGGUCGCAAGGAAGUCAGCAUCAUAGAGCUCAGCCACAAGAAGAUGAUGAAGAAACGCAACAAGAAGAUCCUGGACAACUGGAUGACCAUCCAGGAGUUGAUGACUCAUGGUACUAAGGCCCCUGAGGGAGCCAAGGUGCACAACGCCUUCCUAUCAGUCACUACUGUAUAAAAAAACACACAUUCUACCCCAUGUGGUAUAAUAUAAUUGCCUCGUUCAAUGUGGCGUUUUUAUGAGGACAAUAGGAAUAUUUUUCACAGUUUGUAACCCAAAAAGCAUUUUGUAAAGAAUUUAUCAGUGGUGUCAUUUUCUUCAUGAUUUUCUGUAUUUUUUUUCUUUACAUCUGUCUGCGGGAAAAACAUUUUUUCUAUGGAAUAAUUAUUUUAUUACUUCACUCUGAACAUGUUUAUCUUUUCAAUUCUAUUUUCAUAUUUAUGUUCUACCAUAUAACUCAAAAUACUUGUACGAGCAUCUUCAGAAAAGUUAAGUACUUUCUUUUGUGUAUUAUGUACACUAGCCAAUUGCAACACGCAACGAAUCAGUGGGUCUCCCGCCUUUCACAAACCUUUUUUAAUGCUUCUGUUAAACAGAUCUAUGUAUCUUUUCAAGCUGACAAAAAAACCCUUUAAUGUUGUCGAGAGGUAGUUCAAAUUAUGUUCACACUAUCGGUGCAUAGAUUUGGAAUAGAGUUCCAAUUAAUCAUAAAUUCUACUAAUCAAUCUUUCAGGCAUCAUACAAUUAUGAUAGAUAAGGUCCACAUUUCUAAAAGAGACAGGCAUAUCACACAUUCCAAUCAAAGUACUGUAUAACUUGCUGAGAAUAAGAGAUCAAGUGAGGGCAAAAUGUCUUGAAUUCCAGAUUUACUGAAUUUGAAAUAAAUCCAGUGACCUGAAAGCCCCUUCAAACUCAUUGUUUUGUCUCAAAAUGCCAUAGCUUUUGACAGUUUUAGAUUCCUGCACUUCGUAAAUUGUCAAUAUGAGCAAACAUUUCUGGUCAACAAAUAGCUUUUGCUAAUAUGAUUUUUAUCAUCAGCAAUUUUAUAAAAGCAUCUUUUAAAAGUUCAAUACCUCAUGUUACAGUUUAACUCUUCAUAUGUUGUUUCUGUAAUUUGUGAACUUGAGCCACUUUCCUUACAAAGCUCCAAACAAGAAGCUGCUACACUGACACGUCAAUUGAAAAAGGAAAAAAAAAAAAAAAACAUAAAAAACACUUUGUGGACACAGGGACUAUAUACUAUAUAUUGUACUUUUAAAACUGAGGUUUUUUGGUGUAAGGGAACACAAACAUCCCGAGAGUCCAAAAUGUUCUGACUCUCUGCCAGUGCUGCAGCUUUGUUUGUAUCGUUUGCAGCUUUGGGUAAAAAAUAUUUUGUAUUCAGUUUUAUUUUUGCUUAAUAUUUUCAUUUUUUUCUACAUAUUCAAACAACAGAUGGACCUGCUCAUAGCUUUUACAUACCAGUAUUUUUACAUCAUUUUUACUCACCACAUACACCUUUACUCAGCAUAGCCUUAACAACAAAAAAAACGAAUCAAUGACACGUUUGUGUGUCAAACGGAUUUCAUACACAAACUGUUUCUGGAUAUCUGUGCAACAGAGAGGUAUUGUUCAGCCUUAUUCAUACAUUGUAUAAUUUGAGUUACUGUAUAGACGUUACUGGAUUAUGUUUGCGGUUACAGUAAACUUGUGUUAGGAUGAUUGCCACUGAGCAGGACUCAGAACACAGCAUAUUAGAUCAUUGAAAACUAAUCUGGUGAAAUGAAUGGGUUGCUGUUUAUCAACAGACUUUAUAGUUCAGCUACAUGUACAGUAUACUCAUUCCAAAUGCCUCAUUUUUAACUGAAAUAUUGUAAAUUUGAAAUUUUAAACCAAUCCCUGUAUUUGUUUGGAGUCAAUGUCAAUGGUCUAAUUUCGAGUAAUGCGUAGAUGGCACAUUUGUAGCCAGGUAAAAAUGUGUGAUAAUGGUGAUCUUUGCAAAAGAAAUGAUAAUAAAUUAUUGUUUUUUGGUAUAACAUCGCACUGGAUCAUGUUUUUUUUUUUCUUGUGGACUGUGGAAGAACCAAAAUCUGCUACUACUUAAAGUUGGAACCAGGUGCUUGAACUGUGUAGUAAUCAUUUUAUUGGACUGCA